AUGGACGGGACAGAGGGGAUGGAGGGGACAGUGGGUCAGGACAAGCCCCAGAAGCGGGUGAGGUUCCGGGUAGCCUCGGGAAGCAGCGGCCGGGUGCUCAAGGAGAUGUUCAAAGAUGAGGGACCAUCGGACUCCCUGGAUUCGGACUGCACCAGUAACUCGGACGCGGAUCGGGCCAGUACCCCCUCCACAAGCGGGGAUUCUCAUGGACAGUUCUACGGAUUUGUGGGGUCAGAGCUGGACGACAGUGAGAGCGAGCCCGAUGAGAUGCUUAUGUUUGCAGGGGGGACCAAGGACCGCGUGCUCACCACCAAACGGGUCAACAUACUCAGCCAGAACGGGACAGUACGUGGGGUCAAGCACAAAGUCAGCGCUGGGCAGGCACUUUUUGAGAGCUUGCCUACCACCAAUAGUCUGGAGCUGUCUCUUGAAUUUGGCCGUAUAGUCAUUUACACAACGAGCUUCCGUGUGGUGAGGACCACCUUUGAGCGCUGUGAGCUGGUUAGGAAGAUAUUCCAGAACCACCGGGUCAGGUUUGUGGAGAAGAACAUCGCUUUGGACUCGGACUUUGGCAAAGAGCUGGAGGAGCGCUGCAGACGAGUCGGAGAGCCGCCCUCACUACCUGUGGUGUUCAUAGAUGGCCACUACCUUGGGGGAGCUGAAAAAAUCUUAGGCAUGAACGAAUCAGGAGAACUCCAAGACCUCUUAACAAAAAUUGAGAGGGUGCAGCAACCUCAAACGUGCCAGAUGUGUGGGGGAUUCGCCUUCGUCCCGUGCCCAACGUGCCAUGGCAGCAAGAUGUCUGUGUUUCGCAAUUGCUUCACGGAUUCCUUCAAAGCCCUCAAGUGCACUUCCUGCAACGAGAAUGGCCUGCAGGCCUGUAGGAGCUGCAGCCAGUAAGGAUCCUAUACAAGUGCCUGACCCUGUGCCCUUUGACCCUCCAAAAGUUAACUCUGGACUAUGAACUUAUCAGCAUAUUUUUCCG